UAUCGAUGUGCUCCAAUAGCGACGAGCAAAACCACUCUUGUCUUUAAUAAAACUCUCCAGAUGUAUGACACGGCUGCACCAACAUCCUGUUUGUUUUGAGUCGACGAAAGAUGUCGGGCGUGGAGCUCCGUUUUUAACCCUCACGUUUUCAGAAGCCUUAAUCAGUGACCUAAAAGCAGUCUGCGAAGACGCCUUCGCGCCGCUAUAACGGUGGAAGCCGUGUCAAACGCUCUGAAUCAUAUCUGUGCGUUCCCGACAACGACACCUGCAGCCAUUAGUCAUCAAUCAUUCCUAAAUCCACAGGAAAUGCAAGCGCUGUGUGAGUUUUUGCACAAGCGCAUGACCUCGCACAGCUGGAUGUGGAAGCGUGAAACUGAUUUAGUUCGUGCCCACUUGCGUCUCCUCCGGUGGGCGGCAGCGUCUGCGUUUAGGAGAAGAUGCCCUUUUGCCCGGAACUGAGGCUUAGUGACCCAGACUGAGAUUAACCCUUUCAGGGCCACGAUUGCGGGUCAUAUAUUAUCACUUCGGGACAGAGAUUAAGCCUCUAAAUCCUGACGUGUGACGUAAGGGUCUGGAAAAUAUUAUAAAACGUGGAAAUAUCGUUGGGCAUGGUCACUCUUGUAGUGUUGUCUAGCGAGAGGUCGCUUUAAGUCAGAUUCUGUACUUGACGUGGCCCGAAAGACGAUUUGUGUACAUCGUUGAGGUCUUUGUAGACGCUUGCAUGAACAUCAGGCUUCUGCUUCUGAUGCGCUGAGAAUAAACGAGCGCUCCUCGGGAGAUUCGAGAUGUUUCGGAGGCUUGUGAAGAUCCUUCACGGUGAACGUGAAGCUUCUGGAAACAAACGCUCCUCAAAAGCAUCUUAAUACAAAACAGACAGAUGGAGUAUCAAGUAAAGCCGGGCUGCUUCAGUCUAGGUUACUGCAGUUAUUCUGACGUUUACUCUGCCAGGUUUCUCUUGUAUGUAACGUAUGAAUUAUUAGAAGGCAUAAAUUGUGUGAAAGGGCGCAUGAUGGUCAUUCAGAGACAUAAAAAAGGAUAGUUAUGGGUUAAAUGGCGUCGGACUGAAAAAGGAAGGCGCAUCGAGAUUGUUCCAGGAUGAGGGAAUGAUGGCAUUGUGUUUUAUUUGAAUCAUUAUGAUUCACUGAUCUAGUUUCAGGUUUCCCUCACACGCAGACAGCCAAUCAGAGCCAGCGGCCUCCGUGUGGGAGUGUUUAAAGCCAGCGGUGGGAUUCAGAGCGACACACACACACACACACACACACACACCAGACCUGACCUGAUCCGGCUGAGCGCGGGUUUCUUACAGGAAUGUCUGUGUUUGUCCUGAGCGUGAUUCUGGCCUUAGCGGCGCUCACGGUUUGCAGAGCCCAGCGCCGACUCUCUCCCAGCAGUUUACACGGAAAAUCAGGGGUCCUGUGUCUGAACGGAGGAAGGUCUGUUUCUUCUCCUUCGGGUCGUCACGUGCUCUGUUUCUGUCCCGACGGCUUCAGCGGCUCGAGCUGCGAAACAGACGAGUCGGUCUCCUGCUUCGACGGGAUCGGCCUGCACUACAGAGGUCCGGUCUCUGAAUCAGUGAGCGGGCGGGAAUGUCUGGAAUGGGAUUCGGAGAGCGUGCGUGAAAUCGGAGCCUAUGCCAAGAAUCUCGGCCCGGGACGACACAAUCACUGCAGAAACCCCAACUACAGCCGCAGACCCUGGUGUUACGUACGGAGCACGUUUGGGAUCGUGAAAGAAGACUGCGAUAUUCCACGCUGUGCGAAAGACCAAGGUCCUGAUGGCGUGACCGGCGUUCAGUCAGGAUGGCAGUGUGGCCAGAGGGAGGAGCGGAGCAUGAAGGUGGUGGGCGGGGCUUUGAGCGCGGUGGAGCGCCACCCGUGGAUGGCGGCGGUGUUCAGCAGGAGCUCGCGCGGGAGAGCGUUCACCUGCGGCGGGAGUCUGAUCUCCCCCUGCUGGGUCCUGACGGCCGCACACUGCUUCCCUGACGGCGCUCAGACUAAACUCGAGAAACUGUCGGUGUUUCUGGGGAAGAACGCCAUCAAUGAGACAGACGUUCAGAGAGAGCAGGAGUUCAGCGUCUCCAAGCUCUUCGUCCACGAACGCUUCGACAACGCGGACGGCAACUUCAACAACGACAUCGCGCUGCUGAAGAUCCACGGUCCCGACGGUCGCUGCGCUAAACAGUCCAGUUCGGUCAAGACGGUCUGCAUCCCUGAAGAACAUCAGACGCUCAGCGACGGGACGUCCUGCGAGGUCACCGGAUACGGCAGGGAGCGAGAAGGGUUGUGGUAUUACUCUCAGUAUCUCAAAGAAGCAAAGGUCAGCCUGCUGUCGCAUGGCUUGUGUUCGAGUAAAGCGUACUACGGCGACAUGAUCACAGAUAACAUGCUGUGUGCCGGGAGUCCUGACUGGAGCGCAGACGCCUGUAAGGGGGACUCUGGCGGGCCGCUGGUGUGUCGUGUUCAGGAGCGUGUGUUUCUGGUCGGGGUGGUGAGCUGGGGAGAGGGAUGCUCCAGACCCUUCCGUCCCGGAGUUUAUGCCAAAGUCAGCAACUACCAGCGCUGGAUCCUGGAGAAAACCGGCCUGCCAGCGCUCAGAUGAGGACGGCGGCUGUCCUCAGAGACCAACUCAGACUGAUUUCUGUUCACUUCUAGUGUCCACCGUUCUUACGUUCCGUUCUAUCACCAAGAGAUAUAAUAGUAGCUCAAAGCACUUUCUGUGUGAAAGCCUUAUUUUUUUUGCACAGUUAUUGAAAUGUAUCUUUUCGUUCUUUUUGUUAUACAUAUAUAAAUACAU